UUCUCUCAGCAUUAUUAAAUUUCUGCUGUUAUUCUAAUUCUUGCUUUCUGGGUUUCGCUGCUAUGUAAUUGAGGAUUUUUAGUGUUCAAUUGCUUGCUUGACUUUGAAAUUGAAGAGACUAUAAUUUGAUUAGAGUCCCUUACAUGUUUGUGUCAGACAGUUAUUUUAUGAAAUUUUUUAACUGGGUAGUUGAUUGUUAUAAUAGUAGAUUGAGCAGUAGGUAUAUUCCCAUAAGUUUUUUGUUUCACUUACCAAAAUGCACUUGAAAACUCUAUUAUUUUUCUGCUACUCAAUGGAGAUUUUGUUAUUCUGCAAUUCAAUUGGUCCUUUUCACUCAUAGUUCUUCCCUUGAUUGUUCUCACUAAUUUAAUUAUACAAGUCAAUCUUGAAUAUGUUCUGAGUAUCUAAUGUAUUUUCUGUCCUCUAUAAUACAUCCUUCUGCACUUUAGCAGAAAAUUUUGGAAAUUUGAGUAGUAUAGUUCAACAACAAAUCUACUUCUAGCACAACAUAAAAGAGAGAGAGAGAACAAAAUCAAAUAAACUCCCAUUUUGCAUUCAUUUCAGACUUUAAUGGGUGAGACAGAUGUGAAAAGGAGAAGUGUGGGUGCUCCCAGUAGCAUGAGAAAUGGAAGACACAAGGCAAUUGAUCCAUCAUUUCUUGUGCAGCUACCAAACAAGCUUCGAAAUUGUUUAAAGCUCAGGAAAUUAGUAAAAGAUAAAGAGGAAGCAACCUCAGUAAGGAAGGAAGAAGGAUCAUCUGCCACUUUGAGGAUUGAUCUUGAGAGGCAAUUAAGAAGUUGGAGAGAAAAUCCUUCAUGGGUUGAUCAGCCUCCAGAGAUAAAGGUCAGUGUACCAAAAGUUUCUCUGUGCAACCUUAAUGUGAAAGUUAAUGUUGGGUUGCCUCCAGCUGCAGUGUAUGAUACAAUGACUGACCCUGACAAUAGAAGAGUUUUCAAAAACAUCAAGGUAAAAUUGAAUUUCUCAUUCUCUAUUCUUUCUUUUCAAUUAGCAAAGUUUGAGGGGAAAAAAAAAGUAAUAUCCAGGAAAGUUCUGCUUGAUGAGGGUCCAAGGCAGGUGGUUGAAGUGGAACAAUCAGCUGUAUGGAAAUUUCUUUGGUGGUCUGGGACCAUUUCAGUUCAUGUUUUAGUCAACCAGAACAGAGAAGAUCUGACGAUGAAAUUCAAGCAAGUGAAAAGUGGUUUCAUGAAAAAAUUUGAAGGAUGCUGGAGAGCAGAACUUGUGUUCAUUGAUGACGGUCUCUUUCAUCCAUUGAAACCUAAAACAUGGGCAGACUAUUAUUCGUGUCCAGGAGGCAAACGAAGAAUAGGAUCAAAGCUGAGCUUGGAGCAGUUAAUCCAGCCAGCACUAGUUCCACCACCACCCAUCUCCUGGUAUCUAAUAGGAAUCACCUCUAGGACCACUGAAAUGAUUGUAAAUGAUCUGCUUGCUGAAGCCGCCAAAAUCAGGGGAGAUUUCAGUACCGCAGGGUCCAAAGGAUCUGAAACAUCUCAGGACUUAUACGAUGAACAAGGAAAUGACAAGUCAUCUGAUAUUAAAGAGAGAUGGGCGCCGCAUAGGAGAAAUGCAAAGAAGCAUCACAGAAGAUUGUUGAGUGCUGAAUGAUCUAAUUAAUUGUUAGUUUUGUUCUGUAUUCUUUUGUAAUAUUGGAACUGGAUAGCAAUAUUCAUCAAACAUCUAUAUCUAGCUAAUGAUCUUUGUUCUUUUUCACCA